GAACCCGGCGGAGAGCCCCGGUAGAUCCCUGGGCUUUUGCCCACCGGCUUCCAGCCCCCUGGAGCUGAGGCCAGAACCUCCCCGGUGCGGUCGGGAAGUUACCGAUCGCGUCCUGGCCCUUUAUGGUCGUUAGCACCCCUCUUCCUGCCCUGCCGACCCGCAGUUUCCGCUUUCUACACCCCACCUUCUGGCCCCCCUCCGUCUUUGUCAGCCACUUGUUGACUCCUCUGGGUUGCCACUGUUAACUUCCAGGCUGCCAGAUCCUUCUCUGACUCUGGGCACAUCCUGAAACCAACCUUACCCCAGAGCUGUUACCCACUUCUUCUGGACCUUUCUGAGAUAAGAUUGACCUCUGCAGGAUAGGGCCCAAUGCUCUGGGAACAAGGGAUGGAGUGUUUCAGGCUCCUGUUCUUGGUUCCAGGAGUUUAGAUGCUCUUCCACGUGUUUCAUAUAGAAUACCUUGAGAAUGACUCUGGAGGGCCACCCCAAGAUACCUAGAACGGAGAAAAGGUAGAUGUUUACAGGCCAUCAGAGGUGCAGUGUUAGAGAGGAUGUGUGUCCUCUGGUAAAAACUGUUGUGUCCCCAGGAGGAUAACAGAUGGGUCAAGGCACUGGUAUUAGAACAGGAAGCUUCAGAACUUCUAAAAGAACCUUCAGAAUGGCUUUAAACAAGAUAAGCUAGAAAUUGCUUCAGAUCCUGGCCUGCCGCAUGUGUUUCCUCUGUUGGGCUUUCCUAGCAAGAAGCUCUUGGAAAAGGUCAUUCUGCAGUGAGCCUAAGAGCUGAUGCUUAUGGAACUAAAUCAGUGGAUUUGACCUCCUGGUAGACUAUCUUGCUUUAUUGUACUCUCUAUCAGAGUUCUAAGAGGUGUGGAUGGGCUCAUGGACGGGAAGUAGCACUUUCAUGCUGAAUAAAGAUGAAGCAAGUUGACCCGUGAGACUGAAAACUCAAACCUACCAUGCCCGGAUUCUCUAGAUCGGGGAGGAACUGUCAUUACUGCUGGGGAGAAAGAAGCCAUAGUGGAAAAGAAACCCCAAAUAAAGAGAAUGAAGGCGACUGGAGAGUAAAUGGCCACCUCCACCUCAUCAGAGACGAAGUCAGCCUCCUGGUGGAAUUACUUUUUCCUUUAUGAUGGUUCAAAGGUAAAGGGAGAAGGAGAUCCAACCAGAGCUGGCAUCUGUUAUUUUUAUCCUUCCCAGACCCUGCUUGACCAACAGGAGCUGCUCUGUGGACAGAUCGCCGGAGUUGUCCACUGUAUUUCAGACAUUUCCGCCUCUCCCCCAACUCUCAUUCGUCUGCGGAAACUUAAGUUCGCCAUAAAGGUUGACGGAGAUUACCUUUGGGUGCUGGGCUGUGCGGUGGAGCUCCCUGAUGUCAGCUGCAAGCAGUUUCUGGAUCAGCUGAUUGGAUUCUUUCAUUUUUACAAUGGACCUGUUUCUCUGGCUUACAAGAACCGCUCCCAGGAAGAGCUGAGCGCUGAGUGGAACACCUUCAUUGAACAAAUUCUGAGACAUACCAGUGAUCUGCAUAGAAUAUUCAAUUCCCUAUGGAACUUGGACCGAACUAAGGUGGAGCCCCUGUUGUUGCUGAAGGCCGCCCUCAUCCUGCAGACCUGCCAGCGCUCACCUCACAUUCUAGCCGGCUGCAUCCUCUAUAAGGGACUGAUUGUUAGCACACAGCUACCACCUUCCCUCACUGCCAAAGUCCUGCUUCACCGAGCUGCACCUCGAGACCAGAGGAUACCUACAGGAGGGGAUGCCCUGCAGGAACAUGGUGUGGUUCUUCCCCCGAAUGUCCAGAUCAUGCCUGUCUUCCUGACUGAGGAGGAAGCUGUCAGUCUCCAUGAGUUCCCAAGGGAGCACAUGAGUAGUUCUCCUGCACCUUCCUCCAGACUCCAGGAGCACUCAGCCCCACCCCCUCCAGAGGGUUGGAGCCCAUGUGUCCUAAAAGAAAACCCCCCCAAGCAUUUGGAGUCCAUGGCCUGGUCAUCGGCGACCCUCCCGGAACCCAGUCACCCAGAUGUUGCUUGGCCAAAUGGCAAGGGGGAGAAUGGACACUUGCCUGACUGUGACUUGGAGAGCAUCCAGCCUGCUGAAGUUCACAACACCACCAGGGACAACGGUCCCCAUCUCAGCUGUUCCCAGGUGAAGGAACCUGAUUUGUCCAGGGAGAAAGGGGAGGUGGACUUGUGUGAAAUCCACAUUCCAGAAGCUCAGGAAAUGGGAACAUCAGGUCAUUUUGCUGCAUGUGCUUCAGAUGACUCAGGUCCUUGCUGUAAGGAAUCUUCUGGAGACUCAGAUAAUCUGGAACCCCAGCUGCCUGAGGCCUUGCCUGUGGGCCUUUCCUCUCCCUCUCCUCCUGAGAGGCUCUCCCAGAAUGGAACCCUAGGAGAAUUCAAAGGCCUUCCCCAUGAUAGCAGCCAGCCCCAUGUUCCCAGAGAAGAGCACCUCCCUGGAAAGACAAGCAGGGCACUGUCAUCGCCUGGCUUUGACUCCAGGCAGGGAGCUGCUAAGCUUCCUGAGGGAGGACAAGGUGUGGAGUGGUGUGCUGAUGGGGUUCCUGAGAGCCUUGCAGCUCCAGACCCGGAAUGCAGCCCGGGCUCGGCAACCUCACAGGGCAGCAGCCCCUCUGCGGACAGGAUGGACAGUGGGCUAGCUCCGGCCUCCAGCAUGGGGCUUCUGCGGAAGAAUCUCUACACUCACCGUGUUAAAGGGCUGAUGCUGUCUCUGCUGGCUGAGGAGCCACUGCUGGGAGAUGCCGCAGCCAUCGAGGAAGUGUACCACAGCAGCCUGGCGUCCCUGAACGGGCUGGAGGUCCACCUGAAGGAGACGCUGCCCACAGCGGAGGCUACCUCCUCCAGCAGAGCCUACAACUUCACACAUUACGACCGCAUCCAGAACCUGCUGACGGCAAACCUGCCACAGGUGACCACAUCCCAGGAUCGCCGCUUCCUCCAGGCCGUCAGCUGUAUGCAUGCUGACUUUGCCCGGCUACCUGCGCUGUACGAGGUGACUGUCAGAAACGCCUCUACAGCUGUGUACGCCUGUUGCAACCCUGUCCAAGAAACCUAUUUCCAGCAGCUGGUGCCGGCAGUGCGGAGCUUGGGCUUCCCAAGCGCACAGGAUAGUGCCUUCAGCCUGCCGGGCAAAGCCAGGCAGAAGCUGCUAAAGCACGGCGUGAACCUGCUUUGAACCGAGCCACAGUGGGAAGACCGCUGCCCCGGCGAGCAGGCAGAACGCAGAGCCAAGGAAGCUCUGCCUUUUACGUGGAAAAGGCCCUCUCUUUUAUCUUUGGUGGGUUAUUCCUAUUUUUUAAGGAAUGUGUGGUAUCUGUUACUCCUGUGCAGAUUGGGGUGUGAGGGGUGGGUGGUUUCUUCAGAUCACAGACCUAGAGGUCAAGAUGAAGAACUUUCCUUAACUAGCAGUAUUGGGCUGGGUUGGGCACCUGGACUGCUCAUGUCAAAGAGGCACAGGGCCACUGGGUUUCCGUCACACUGGGCCUUCCACCCACACUUCCUGCUGUUCUUCCAUUCUAGCCUUAACUAUUAGCACACAAACUCAGGUUGGCUUUUUUCCAAGAAACUGGUUGUCCCUAGUCCCCAGAGGGCUUGUCCAACCCUGUCUCCCCGGGGGUGGGGGUGGUGGUGUGAGGUGUGCUGCCCAGGUGGGUUUGUGAGCAAGCAGACCAGAUCCCCCACCUCUCGGGGCCGUCAGAGGGGUCGUCCUGGGAGGUCUGCACACUUCAUGCAGGGAGGCAGGCAAGGGUGCCGAAGCUUCCUUGUGGGAAUCUUCUGGAACUUUAUUCAGAAUGAGGCUCCCGUUCUUUGGAAUACCCCAAUGGGGGCAAAUUGUGACAACAUGGAGGGAGAGUCUGGGGUCUUGAAAGCACUAGCGUGCCACGACCAGGGGAGUGGGUGACAACAGACCUGACUGUGCACAUCCAGUUCCUCUUGGGUUCCUGUCCCAAAAUGGGAGUUUCUAAAAUGCUUUGGGGCCAAGGCUGUGUCCUGUGGUGGCUGUUGAAAGGGAACAAUAUUCACUCAUUCUUCUGGCUGGUUAGUACUUAAAAUAUCAGUCGAUUGCAUUGUAGACGAGACGCUUUAUGACAAUAUGAUGCAGCUCCCAGGAAGAAAAUGUUUCCAGAAUCUUAACUGAUGUUUUACUGGAAGCUGAGAUUCUGUUUGAAAACUGUGAUGUUAAUAAUUUCAUGUCAGCGAACAGAUACCUGAGGUUUAUGACAUGGUGUCUUUGUCUUGAAAACAAGUUUGCAAGCACUAAAAAUAAAAUAGCUGAAUCUGCUGUUGAGUUCUGAGUAAUCAAAUAGUGACAUCUCUUGCACAGAGUUGAGGUGAGGGUUAAAUACUGCCUGUACGAGUUUUGUGUGGACGUAGUGCUGAUGCUUAACCCCUCGCACCACCAGGGAGGCCCUGAUCCACUCGUUUCUGCAGCAGAGCUUGGCUCCGUGUCCUGAGCAGAGCUGUGAUGUGACUGUGGCCCAGCAGCUGCUAGGAAGGGGACCUGAGCCCCUUCCUUCCUCGGCCAUGUUUCCCAGGUUCACGAGGCCCCAGAACAUUGUUGAGUGUCAGCCCUAGGCCCACACACUCAAAAUUAUUCUCUAAGCACAAGGCGCGGGGCCAGCGCUGGCCAGGCAGCCCUCUCCCGCCGAAGUGAGCCCCACGCCCUCCCUGCAGUGUACCCAGGGAAAGUGGCCUUUGCAGGACAGCCUGCCUUGCCUUAGUUUACAGCAGACACUAGUGUGCCUCUGUCAUCCUGGACAACAGCCUCAUGUGAGCAGGGGAGAUGGGAGGACAGGAAGUGAAAGGGUGAGCAGCACGAAGGAUUCCUGCUGGGGAGGGGUGUCUGUUCCCUUGGGACAUGGAAGCCCAUUCUACUGCCUCCCCGUGGAGAGAAACACCUGGGUUCCUCUGCUCCUGUACCCUUCACAGCGGAGGUUGUGUCUUGGUUGAAGUCAUCUCUCCUGUCUCUUGGGUGGUCCUCUCUGCUGCAGCAGGGAUGCUCUUCACAGCCCCGAGUUCUUGGUGUUCCCACCCAUACCCUUCAGUGAGGGUGGGCACCCUUGCCCCAGGCCAUGGGACCUAUGGAGUGGGCUGAACGGUGGCCCCCAAUGGGGUCCUGGAAUCCAUGUUAUCUCAUAAAGGUCGUGCAGGUGUAACUGAGUGAAGGUCUUGAGCUUAUCCCAAAUUAUCCAGCCCUAAACACCAUCACAGGUGUGCCUAGAAGAGCGAGCAAGAGAGGGGGCUGUGUAGGUGAUGCAGGGAUUGCAGAGAUGCGGCCGCGAGCCCAGGAGCACGUGGGGCCACCAAUGCCAGGAGAGCAGGAGUGGGCUCUGCCCCGGGCCCCCUUUAGGGAGUGUGACUGUUGAUUUGUUGGUUUAGGUCCAAGGAAACUGAUUUCGGGCUUCUGGCUUCUCAAACUAAAAGAGUAAGGGUUUGCUCUCUUACGUCAUCUGGGUUGCAGCAGUUCGUUACAGCCGCUCGUGAUAGUAACACCAGCUGGCACCUUGAUGAAUCCUGGUGAGUCCAAGCCCCGGCCUUUCAGUGUCUCAACAGGGCACAGAGCAGGGGCGGGGAGUGAGGAGGAUGGGGCACACCACGGAGGGCUGGGGAUUUGUCCCGGAUCCAAGGGGAACCUUUAAGUAGGUUGUAUGGUGCGCAUGUGCCUGCACACGCCUACCCACACGAGGGUAGACCUUGACCUCCACCUCUGAGGCCCUGCGGCCAGGGAGGGUGCUGGCAACAGCCCUGCGUGCACACUGAGGAGCACAGGAACGAGCGUGUGGCCUUUGGUGUCAGAGACGUGGGUUUCCUGCCCAGCUGUAUGGCUUGUGUUGUGGAAACGGGGCCAAGUGACCAUGUCUCCGAAAGUCAGUGUUAUCUUUUUUAAAUGGAGAGGAAAAGGUUAUGUGGGGGUCACACCGCAGACCUCAGAGGUGGAGACCGCCCCUUGAGGUCGUGUGUAGGGAGUCCCGCUGAGCCCUGUGCAGUGAGGCCUGAACGCCCGUCUAGGGUUCAAAAGGCCGCGGAUGCUGAGCUGCGAGCUUGGACACCUGGUCUUUUAUCGCAGCUUGUCCUCCAGCCGACCACAGGACCUUGUUCACGUCAGCUGCCCGCCAGGAGGCUACGUUUUCUAGGGUGACGCACGCGUAACGCCCCUGCAGACCCCAGUGUGGCCUCAUGGUCCCUGGGGUAAUUGUGUAUGUGAAGGAAUGUCAGAGUGUACUCUUGCCUUGAGUCCAGGGAGGCCAGUGCAGGGGCAG